AAUGAAUAUAAAAAUGACCUGAUUGUGGUAAAGGGAUAUUUGAUAAUUCUUUCAACAAGUUAUCAUUAGUUGUAACUUGUUAAGAUUGAUUACUAAGGAAGAGUGGAUUUAUAUUUAUUCUGCAUUAUGGAAGAUAGUGGAAUCGAUAGCGAUCCAAAGACAGUUAAUCAUGCCGAAGACGAAAGAUUAUUUUUGGGCAGCGAUAGCAGUUGCAGUAGCAGUCAAACGCAGGCCUCUCAACAAAGUACCGCAAAGCAGUUGCAGAAAAAACUGGAGGCAAGGAUCGAACAAGCUAAACGUAUCCAACGGAACUCUGACUAUAUUAAAUUACCAAGUAAUGGCAGCGAGAACAGUGGGAUCAGUAAUAUGGGCUUGAUUCCUAUUCAACGGUUACCGAUCCCUCAGAAGAACAAGGAAAAUCAUCCACUUCUUGUUUACUGGCACAGCGACAGAGAAAGCGAAGACGAGAUAUUUCCAUUGUCCGGAAAGAAAGAUUCGAGUAAGAGUAAGCAAGACUCCACUCAACGAUUGCCACACUCUCAGAAGAACAAGGAACCUGAUCCACUUCUUCAAUAUUGGCACAGCGAUAGAGAAAGUGAGGACGAAGUGUUUCCAUUGUCCCAGAACAAGAAUUCCAGUAAGCACAAGCAAGAGCUCACCGACACUUUUAGUAUCGAAGAAUUAAGUGAAGGAAGCGAAGACUCGUUACAUUUGGGUCCAGCUCAAUCUCCACAUCCUCACACGCGUACUUACACCCCAGCUGGGUGUUUUUCUUGCCAUUGUCAUAUCCUUUAACGGAACAUAACCUAAAGGAAAUUUAUAACGAUCAAUGGAAGCGAUUAGAUUUAAGGCAAAAGACUGCUUUAAGAUAUUUCCUGAUAUAUUCUUUGAUCCGUCGCUUUCCAUGCCUUAAGAUAUCAGCAAAGCAUUUUUCAUCGAUGUAAAGCAGCAUAUACUUGUGUACAAAGCAUGACGGAUAUGCACAAAUGUUGUAAGUUUUAAUUGCUGUAUGCAUGUUAAGUGUUCCGAUAGAGAAUUUAAUGUCAAGUCAAAUUUGAUCUCUUACGUAAUAAGUGAUUUUAAGUACAAAGGUAAUAUUUAAAACUUCGGUAAUUGCAUUGUUAAUAAUGUGCAUAACUGUUCGACGAAGAAUGCAAGGAAUUUAUUCUGUGUCGGUUCCAUUUAAAGUAUAAUGAUUCUUUAUAGUUACGUUGCGUAGCAGUAUAAUGGUACAAAUGUCAAGAGAUGAUGCCAAAGAUAAUCGUUGACAAGCACUGCGUCUUUUUUAUAACAUAAAUGCGGGGCUUUUUAAAUAUAAAACUUAUUUGUUUCUCUAGAUCAAUGUUUUUUAGUAAUUUUAUAACAGUUUAUAAUUGUUGCCAAAUUUUUAACGUAGCUUAUUUAAAGGACAGUUCCUUAUAUAACGCGGGCAAAUGUUUUGUUAAUGUUUAUACGUAAAAUAAUGCGCCAAAGAAGUAAUGUACCGUGCGUCCUAUGGGAGUACUUUCAACCCUCAAGAUGAUAAAUGACAACGGAGAAAUGUAAAUUAAUAUAAACUAUUGGUGUUAAAACUUCAAAUUCUAUGUAUGUCUAUUCGAGGUUCGCGGGUAUGGAGCGGACUAAUUUUGACGAAACAUAAAUCGCUGUUUAUUCCAAAUGUCAUGGAAAACAGCUCCUUCUGGUAACAAAUUACUUUACAUUAACGAUGUCUAGGGUAGAAUGCUUAAUUAAUAUAAUCGGUAAUUUUUAUGACGACUUCCAAAGAAAUGCCAUCGACAGUCAGUCGUGAAUAAUCGAGAAAAAGAUGUGACACAUUAAUGUA